AUGAGUCCUCAAAAGAAGAAAAAGUACGAGUCAGAUUCUUCGGACAGUUCCAGCGAUUCAUCUUCAUCGGAGGAUAACAAAAGGACCCAUAAAAAGAAUUCCAACAAACACAAACCGUCUUCUGACGGUGAAAGUGGCAAGGAUACUUCCAAAGCCAAACGAAAGAAGUACUCCGAAUCUUCUGAAGAUUCUUCAGAUGAUAACACAAAAGACAGGAAGGCUCAAAGGUCUGAUUCCAGGAAGGACCACGGAGGACACCAUAGUAAACAAGCUCGUGAGAAAACCCACAAGCAGAAAGAAAGACGUAGAUCUACCGAAGCAUCGGGCGAGGAAAGGUCCAGAAGAGAAAAAUCAGACAAAGAGAAACUCGGCAAAGAAGUAAGAGGAGGCAGCAUCGAUCGAGCCAGAAGUAGAGAUAAAUACGAGGACAGUCAGAGAGAUAAGCAAGUCGAGAGAAAUCGUUACGAUACUAGAGACAGAAGAGACGAUAAUAGAGAUAGAAGGGACGAUAGAAGAGAUGAUAGGUACAACAAAGGCAGAGAUAGAAACGGGCGAGAUAGGUUUAGAAAGGAUGACAAAUUUUCAAGGAGUGAAACAUACAGAAAGGACGAUUAUAGGCAAAAAAGAAAUGAUAAUAGAUAUAGAAGAAGUAGCUCAUUUGAUCACGCUAACGCCAAAUGGGGCAAACCGGAAGAUUCUCAAGAUAAAAUGAAAAAAGAGCCCCAAGAAAAGGAGAAGCCUAAUUUUGGUCUGUCCGGUAAAUUGACUGCAGAAACCAACACCUAUAGAGGCGUUGUAAUCAAGUACAGCGAACCUCCGGAAGCUAGGAAGCCCAGGAGAAGGUGGAGAUUGUAUCCGUUUAAAGGCGAAAAGGCUUUGCAGACUUUGUACAUUCACAGGGAGAGUGCUUAUCUCAUUGGAAGAGAUAGGAAAAUCGUGGAUCUUCCUGUAGAUCAUCCGUCGUGUUCCAAACAACAUGCUGCUCUUCAGUACAGAUUAGUACCUUUUACAAGAGAAAAUGGAAGUGCUGGUAAAAGGGUCAGGCCUUACCUGAUUGAUCUCGAGUCUGCGAAUGGAACGUACAUAAAUAACAAGAAAAUCGAACCGAAGAAAUACUACGAGUUGAUCGAAAAGGAUGUUAUCAAAUUUGGAUUUAGCUCAAGGGAGUACGUUUUGCUGCAUGAGAACAGUAAAGAUGAAGGAUUGGAUGAUGACGUAAAAUUGGAAGAUGAGGAAGUUGAAGUGAAAAAGGAAAUCAAGACGGAAAAUUAAUUUUGUGAGUU